AUGUCUGUGCCGUGUCUACUAUCUGUGCUGCGUUCACUGUCUGUGCUGUGUCCACUGUCUGUGCCGUGUCCACUGUCUGUGUUGUGUUCACUGUCUGUGGUCCCUGUCUGUGCUGUCUUCCUGUCAGUGUUGUGUCCACUGCACGGCAACGGGAUACCUUCUUCUGAUUGGUCACCGGAGUGGAGCCAACCUGCUGAUUGGUGGAGGCCAAAGAGUGAUAAAGACAAAUGGAGAGCAUUUGAGCCCGUGAAAGAGACCAGCAAAAGUGAAUGGUGGAAAGAGAAAUUAGAUGAUGAUUUGUGGAAUGCUAAAGCACAUGAAGCUACCCCAGGCAUACUGGAGACAGUCCCAUCUACAGAACCUGUGGCAACAACUAAACCUGUUUCUGAAAACAAAGGUGAGAAACAAGUUAAUAAUUUCACAAAUGAUCAUGAGACCAGGAUGGACACAACAUCGGCCAGUGGCACCACCAAACCGCAGGAGUUGUCUUUCAGUCAUCCUUUUUACAAGAAAGGAGAAAUGAAUUCAUUUGUAGAGCCUGAUCCAGCUUCAUAUUACAGCUCCAGUGGGGAAUAUUAUGCAAGAAAUGGCUGGGACUCAUCAUACGCCCACCUCUACCAAAGCAAAGAACCUUUUGUUCCUCCUCAGAAUAAUAAACAGACUGUGAUUUCACCCAAGAAUAAGGAAUCUGUAGUCCUCCAAAAGAGUAAGGCAUCCAUACUCCCAGCAGAGAGUGUUGAGCCAAUAAGUAUUCAAAAUAGUGGGUUGGAUGAGCAUAAGAUCUUGCCAGUGAUGGAUGAGCCCCGAACAGAGAAAUCUCCAGUGUUAAAUCUGGUAAAAGGUACUUCACAGGUUAGAGGAACAUACAUUUCAGCACCACAGCAUGAUAAUGUGUACCAGAAGGAAGUUAAACCUGAAACUUCAAAUAAAGUUACAACUGAUACUGUUAAUAAUAAUAAUACUUUGAUAAAGAGUAAAAGUAAUAAUGAAGAUGAUGCCAGAGUGGAUAUUCCUCUAGGUGCUUUAAAGAAUAAGCCUUUAGUUGCCAAGGAAGGUGGAGCAACAGCAGGUGGUACAAAUACAGUUUAUGGUAAAGGAGAGAGCUUAUCAAAUCCUCUUGUGGCACCUGCUGCGGCAGUCGUGGCAGAGACAACCAAGAAACCAGAGGAAGUGACCACAAGUAAGUCGGGUAAUGAGUUUGUAGACUGGGUAGACUGGGACAAUUCAGUGUUUGACUAUUAUGAAGACGACGAUGAGGAGGAGAACAGUAGCACUGAUAAAACUAAAGAGGAUCCCAAAAAGGACAACAAGGUCAGCAGUGUUAGCCAGGUGAUUAAGAGUGAUGUGAAAACUGAUGAUGGGAACACCGGAGAAGAUAACAUUUAUGAGGAGUAUGAAGAUGAUGAUGAUGAAGAUGAUGAUGAUGAUGAUGACCAUGUUAAAACUGGUGAACGAUAUAAAAUCACUAAGAGAAAAAAUGGCAAGGUGACUAUUUCUGGAAAGAAAAAUAAGAAAGAAGAGUUAAACAAGGGUCAGGUUUCAGACCAACCUCUCAAGGGGCUUGAUUUUGACACCAUGGAUAUGCAGUCAGAUGAAGCAGCAAGCCACGUGGAUUACUCUCAUUACAGUAAAGGUGUCAUUUAUGAUUCCGCCAACCCAAAUCACCAGCCAUCCACCAGCAAAGACCUAACCCACCCAGCCAGCCUUCAGGUGGAAAACAAAACACCUGCACAAAAUCAAGACCCAUCUCUUACUGACAACGGUGAGCUUCAGAAUCCUUUGGUGAAGAAAUCCUCAAGUGUGACCCAUGUCCAGCCAGAUCAGCUGAACACAGAAUCAGAUGUGUCCACGAGCCCAAACCCACCUCCCCCUGGUGUUGCCAGCAGUAUGGAGUCCACAGGAACUGUAAUGUCCAGUACCACACCGGUGGCCACCAACAGUCAGUCUCACUUGGAUGUUGACAGUCUGGUCAAACAGCAGGCAGUGGAUAGCAGUGGCUUCAUCCUAUCAUUCCCUCUAGAGUUCUGUCGAGUGGACUAUGAGUGCCGUGCAGGUCGCACGUGUGUCCUUGGUGUCUGCAAGUGUUACACGCCCUCCAUGUGUGCAGGUCAUCACAAACCUAUUUGUGGGUCGGAUGGCAAACAGUAUGACUCCCACUGUGAGCUUCAUCGGACAGCUUGUGUCAACAGGGUCCAUAUCCGAGCAGACAGAAGGGGCCAGUGCUUUCAGAAGCAGAUUGAGGAUCAUGAGAAAAGUUGGUUGAUGGAACAGGAGCAGUUGUUGCAAGAGGAGCAGGCCAGGCAGACAGCUCAGUCUGAACAGAGCAUCCAUAUUCCCACCCAGCAGAUCCAGGAGAUGAAGAAAGAGACAGAAUCUUCUGGUGCGAAUACGGUUCCUCAAGUAAAAGAAAAAGCAUCACCUGCAUCGACAGAAAGGACAACCACAACAGACCAAGUCCCCGAGGCCAACAGAGAAUGUACAUGGAAAGAUAUGGGCAAGUUCAAGGAUGACCUGCUGAUGUUCUAUUGCCAGAAAUUUGUGGAGCCAAACUGCAAGGAUGAAGUCAAAACUGAUCGGGAAUAUCUCUCAAUGCUAAUGUUUAGCUACUACGACAAGAACUUUGACUACUACCUGACUGCCGAAGAACUGAACGAUAAAGAACGGGAUGAGCAUUUUAUGAAAAACAUCCUCUUGAAGUGUCACCUCCACGACUUUAUCAAGUAUGCAGACAACCUGGAAUCAGAUGGCAAAUUGACUGUGUCAGAGUUCACCAGUGCUUUUG